AUGGUGUGCAAUUCAGUCUGCAAGGUGCUCUUCUGCCCCUGCGUUGCAUAUGCAGAGAUCAAAGAAGCACUUCAUGGUGGCGAGGUUCCCAAGGAUUACUGCUGCAAUCCCUGCUGCUGCUACUGCUUUUUGAUGACAUUCGCUCCGUAUUGCAUCCCUUGCAUCCUCACUGGCAAGACCCGCCGUGACAUCCGCACUAAGUACAACCUGAAGCCAGACUGCUGCGGCGACUGCUGCACACACUUCUUCUGUGGAGGCCUUGCCCUGAUGCAAGAGAGGAGGGAGUUCAAGAGCCGGCCCCUUGAGCCGUGGCCUGUGGAGACUGAGCAUGAGCAGCAAUCGACCUAUCAGCCACCUGCACCUGAGAGGAUUGCAACUGUCUGA